AUGGAGCUCCAAAGAGCACAGCGGAAUCUGAAGUUUUUACAAAACGAGGAUUUUAUGAAUAUUACCGAUCAGGCUAACCUGAAUGGUGAGAGCCAGAGGGCCUAUUCGUUAGGAAUGGAAACUCAAGUACCGGAAGUGCAGUUUUCCCUAUCAUCUGACGAUGAUUCUAUAGGUACGCAAGAAGAACACGUUACUGCACACAAAUUACUUGUGGCGAAAGAAACAACAAAAAAAGAUACGGAAAGUAACAAAGAUGUCGAUAUAAGUUUUGACCCAACCGGUAUUUCCCAACCUGAUUUAGGAGAACCAAAUAUAGUUGAGGAGAAUGUAUUCAUUAACACCCAAAUUCAAAGCCGGCUUGAUGACGCAGAGGAGGAAACAAAUCUCAAGUUAAAACUUAAGCAAUUCAAGUAUUCGUUCAAGGACAAUAACGCAAGUGGCUGCCACAACAAUGCAAAUAUAGUGGCAAAAAGAAGGCCAGCAAUAAGGAAAACCAAUCCAAAACUCAAGCCAAAAACUAAGAGUAAACGAGACCCUAAUAUUAUCAAAAAUAUAACUGAUUUUAAUAUUAAUAACUACGAACGUUCAAGGACCGCCAGCUUAUUAAAGCAAUUAUCUGGUAAACACAAGAAGGUUUUGGAUAUAAUAAAGACCCAAAAUGAAGGAAGCAAUGGUGAAUCUUCCAAAGCAAGGAAUAGCAAGAGUGAAAAAGCUACUUUUGAUACUUAUAGUGAGCAGGAGUGGAAAUAUGUUAUGAAACUUUUUUUACAGAAGUUUCCUCACAGUGAGGAAACGGACUUGAAUGAAGUCCAGAAAUUUCUAUAUGGAUGCGAACAAAGUUCGAGUUCUUUAGACAAUCAAAAAACCUCACAACAAAAACUUUGGACAGCGUCACAAUUACCACCUGAGCUUCCCGAUGAAACUAUCCAACCAGAGCAGGAAGCAAGGAUACGAGAUACCCAGAGUGCAGUAAAUUUCUUAUCGUUAUCCCAAGUAAUGGAUGACAAAAGUGAAAUUAUGAAAGACGAAGAAAGCAUAAUUAUGUCAGGGGGAGUUUCUACAGGCUCCCAAGAAUAUGGAAACAAGUUAGAGCCACAACUAACAGUAGGAAACGUUGUUGAUGAAAAUAUUGAACUAACUGUGGGAACACGUAUAAAUGGAUUUUCACUUACCGAUUACAAAGCUUACAGACAUAUGCCCGUUGAGGUAAAUACAAGAUGUGAAAACAGUAAGAGUAAUGACUAUGACGACAUAUCUGUUGUUUCAGAUACUACAGAUGAGACGUCUACAUUAUUUCCGCUAGAUCAGUACCGAUAUGUUUUCUUAGAAAAUGAUGAAAAACCGCCAUUAACCACUGAUACCAUAGGCAGCACGCAAUUCUUCACCCCAAACACAUCACCAUUGGAUGGGAUAAUCGAUUUAACACAGGAAUCAUUCAAAGCUGUUCGGUCGUUAAUAUCACCUUUGAAGGUAGAAAACAAUAAGACAAGAACAACAUCACAGGCACUGAAUCAGGUUCAGGUCCCAGCUACAAGAACCCCCACAAUUGUUCCUCAAAAGGACCUUACUAAAGCGUUAAAAACUGAACAAGAAAUGAGUGAUAUAGGAAGUUUUAUCAGGGUUAAAUUAUUGCGAAAGAACGCAGGUAUGCUAAACCCAGAACUAAUGAAACAUAGCUGUUAUAGAGUUGAGGCAAAUGAUUCUGAAGAAGAAGAGACAGAAUUAGAUGACCAAUUGUGCAUUGCUGAUAUUCAAUUGGCAGACUCCACCAAAAUUUCGACUGAAGUAUCCAUACAGAAUCCUGGCAACAACAUUAAUGAUGUCUCUGAUGCAAGUCCCACAACUUCACCCGAGAAAUUACGUGAAAUCAUCAUGUCACAAUCAAUGAAAGAACUUCGACAAAGCUUGAAAUCAGUUGGGCUAAAACCUAUGAGGACGAAGGUCGAAAUCAUCCAAUCUUUACAAACCGCAUCACAAAUUCUCUCCAUAGCCAACCCAGGUAAUAAUGACGAGCAUCGUGGGGUGGCAAAUUUCAGUAAGAUAGAAAUAUUUGAUCAUUUAACCGAACUAAUCCAAGCUUUCCCUGAUUUUUUGGAACGGAUAUAUACCUUUGAACCCAUUCCACUGAAUGAGUUAAUCGAAAAGCUAUUCAGCGCCGAGCCGUUUGUUUCACAAAUCGACGAAAUGACCAUCAGGGAAUGGGCCGAUGUUCAAGGAAUAUGUCUGAGAAACGAUAAAAAGUAG